UGUGUCUAUUGAAAAAACACAAAUGUGGUGGCAUCCUUUCAUGCCUAAAAAGUGACGCUGUUUAAGCUAUUUAUUCAUUUUUAAUUUAAUUGUAUUCUUCAAAUAAAGUUAAGAGACUUUAGGAUAGAAACAUGGCUGAUAAAGAAGAUACAGUUGUCAAUGAAUCUGAAGUACGAAGAACGCGAUCCGGACGAGCAGUUCGUACACCUGCCGCCCCCCCAACGAAGACUACCGGUCGGAAAAAGAAGAAAAUGGUUUUGGUGGAAGUGGAGGUCUCGGACGAAGAGGAAGUUGCAGAUCACGUGGAGCCCAAAACUGACGAUUCCCAAUUGCAAGGUGCAGAAUUAGAAAAUUCAGACAAUGCAAACGAAGCCGUGGAAAUGAACCGGUUUGUUAGGAGCGACAAUAAUGAGAUCGAUAAUUGCAGUAACACUGCACAAUUUCCGGAAGAGUCCAUUGGCGGCAAUAGUGAACUAAACUCAUUUAAGGGUGCUAUUGUUUCAUCAGAGUGUGCGGAAAGUAACUUGGAAAACAAUCUAGCGGCAGAGAACGUAGAAGAGAAUAAUAGCGUUGAUAACUUGGUAGAAAAUACGAUAGGGGCAACUGCAGUGGAACCCGAUGUUUUAUUGGAAGAUGUCAGUUUACAACAGAAUGAAUCUAAUGUCAGUGAAGCACGGGAAGAUAGCAAAAUGGACAUUGACGAUGGCACCAUGCAUAAAACUGAAAAGCCACCAAGCGUAACUGAAAAUGAAACAGUGGAAGAGGGUAGCAUGGAUAAAAUGGAAACUAAUACUGGUGAUCAAGCGCCCGCACAGUCUAUGGAUAUCGGUGACCCAGAUACAGAGGUUAUUUCUGAAGACGAACUACCAGGUGUUCCGGUGGCUAAAGUGCCGGAAACAGAGGAAGUAUCUGAUGAAGAGUUGCCCGGACCGAAACGUGCUGAAUUGCCUGCAGAUACUGAGGUUGUGUCAGAAGAUGAAUUACCAACGAUCAAAAACAAACGUAAAUUGGCUGAAGGCGACUAUGAUCCAGGUUCUCCAACUUCCGAAAAUGAAACUCCCGUAAAGAAACCCGCCUUAGAUGCUGACGUCGAAAAAGAAAAAGACGAUAAGUCAUCAAAACCGAAAAAAUUACCUACCCUGGAUAAGUACUGGAAAGCUGUAAACGACGAUCCAGCUGAUUUUACCGGAUGGACGUAUUUGUUGCAAUAUGUUGAUCAAGAGAAUGAUAUGGAAGCGGCUCGUGAAGCGUACGACGCCUUCUUAUCUCACUAUCCGUAUUGCUAUGGAUACUGGCGUAAAUAUGCGGAUUACGAAAAGCGUAAAGGGAACAAGAAAAAGUGCGAGGAGGUUUUCGAACGUGGACUGAAAGCUAUUCCUCUGUCGGUGGAUCUGUGGAUCCAUUACCUUACCUAUGUUCGCACGUCGCGUCCCGACGACGAAGAAUUCAUAAGGUCUCAAUUCGAAAGAGCACUGUCCGCUUGCGGUUUGGAGUUUCGUUCGGACCGACUAUGGGAUAGCUACAUAAAAUGGGAAACUGAAGCAAAACGUUUACAGCAUGUUACCGCCAUUUACGAUCGUCUUCUUGCCACUCCAACGCAGGGUUACACGACACAUUUUGACAAUUUCCAAGAACAUAUCGCUUCCCAUGCUCCAAACAAAGUUUUAGAAGUGGACGAAUUUUUGGCUUUACGUAAAGAAAUGAAGCACAUGCUCAAACACGAUGCUGCAACUGAAGGGGAUUCUGAGAAUCCUGACGUUCCUCCCGGCGAAGAUGAAUCGAAAAAUGUGCAGAGUACAGACGAAGAGACAAAAGUAAUUCGAGAAAGGAUAGUAUCGAUCCGUAGAAAGAUUCACAAAAACACAGUUAAUGCCGUUACAGCACGCUGGAAUUUUGAAGAAGGUAUCAAACGGCCAUACUUCCACGUGAAGCCUUUGGAACGAUGCCAAUUGAAGAACUGGCAGGAUUACUUGGAUUUCGAAGUCGAACAAGGUGACCAGGUCAGGAUCGUUGUUUUGUUUGAACGGUGUUUAAUCGCGUGCGCAUUAUACGAAGAAUUCUGGUUACGUUUCGUUCUUUACCUGGAAGGAUUGAAAGACCCCAAUUUACAACCCAAAAUUAAAGACGUUUACGAGAGAGCUUGCACGAUACACCAUUUGAAGAAACCAAACCUGCACUUACAGUGGGCCAUGUUUGAGGAAUCGGUUCAAAACUUCAAUCGGGCCGCUGAAAUAUUGGUUAACCUAGAGAAAUCGGUGCCUAAUUUACUUCAAGUUGCUUACAGACGUAUAAACCUAGAAAGAAGGAGGGCCGAUUAUGAAAAAUGUUGCCAGCUAUACGAGCAUUACAUGAGCACCACAAAGAACAAAGUUAUCGCGAGCAACUUGGCGAUUAAAUUUGCCCGUUUCCACUGGAAAGUCUUAAAAGACCUCGAUAAAGCAAUGGAGGUGUUAAAUACUGCCGUCACCAAAGAUUUGAACAACGCAAGAUUAUAUCUACAGCUUAUCGACUUCACAUUACAAAAAGAGGAAUUCACCGAAACCGACAUUCUAUCCCUUAUUGACGCAUUUCUUGAGAAAGAAGGAAUCGACAUCGAACAAAAGGUACUUUUCGCCCAAAGGAAAUUGGAAUUCCUAGAAGAUUUUGGUUCCAACAUUCAAGCCGUACAAAAGGCACAAGAAGAAUAUCAGAAAUACACUAAACUAACAAAAGAUAUGAAAAAGAAAGAGACGUCCAAAGCUGAUACGACAUUGUCAAAGAAAGAUAAAAAUCCUCCUCUUCCGUCAUCUCAAUCGAAUUCCUAUGGAAAUUACGGAAACUAUUCAAAUUCGACUAAUUCGGGCGCUUACAAUCAAUAUUCCAGUGCUCAACAAGGACAAUACAAUUACGCUCAAUAUGGACAAGGCGACCAGUAUCAGUACCAAAAUUGGCAGUAUCCGCAAAGCAGUUACGGAAGCUAUAAUCAGUGGAGCGGAUAUAGCAGUGGAUAUGGCUACUAAAUUUAAUCGUCGGAUAAUUUAUAAAUUAAUUAGUACCUGUACAUAAAAACCACGUUAGGUUAAGUUUUCAUACAAUUUUUAAUUUGUGAAUUUCAUUGUACGUUUUAUUAUUUGAGUAAGAGCGGUUUCUUGUCAAAUCUAAAAAUUAUGCACUCUUAUUUGAAUAAUGAAGUCAUAAGCACCAAUGCCAUGAGAUGUGUCUAUUGUAGGUAUUACGCCUUAGAUUUAGAUUUGAGAAAAUUAAACAUUCUGGAAAAUAUAUUCACUUUUUUAUUUGUUAUUUUAUUACGUAUUAGUAACAGCUAUGUGGCUCUUGAUCAUAAUUGUAAAGUAAUUACAAAUUAAAAUUACAUUAGCCUUC